AUGGAUGUUGAAGUGAAGGCGGCCACACAAGAUGAAAAGGAGGUGAACCCAGCCACUUUGAACAAUAUGAACAACCUCAGCGUGUUUGGCAAGAUGCCUCCAGGUUGUGGUGGAUUCGUUGUGGGAAACUGCCUCUCCAAUGCCAUGAUGAGUCGGACUGUGUUGCCCGUCGUGCUGCCUCCAGAAGAAAGGCAAAGGGAUCAGGUUUCAGAGCAGCCAAAAGACGUUCCUAUCCCUGCUCCCACCCAGGGCCUCCUCGCCCAUGGCUCCAGGGGGAGUGAAGAGGUGAUGAAUCUGAGCAAACCAAAGACCUCUUCUGCAGAUCUCCCUGGUUUUCAGUCACUUCCUUACCCAGUGAAAAAACAGAAUGGGAAGAUCAAAUACGAGUGCAACAUCUGUUCAAAGCGCUUCAGUCAUCUAUAUGACCUAAAAAUGCAUUUGAGGAUCCACACUAGAGAGAGACCUUUUUCCUGCCACACUUGCGGUAAGAAGUUCACACAACGAGCCUAUCUGCAGAAACAUUACCUUGUACAUACUGGGGAAAAGCCUCACCAGUGUCAGGUGUGUCACAAGCAUUUCACUGGCACCAGUAACUUGAAGACCCACCUUCGCCUGCACACCGGAGAGCGGCCAUAUCGCUGCAAGCAAUGUCCAGCCAAGUUCACCCAACUCAUUCACCUCAAGCUGCACGUGCGCGUACCCAACAGAGUGGCCAUACGACUGUCACCUCUGCUCCAACAGCUACAAAUGCCUACGCAGCCUGAAGAGGCACCAGACACCAAACGGUCCAAUGAGAAUCAUCCCAAGAUCGACCACAAGAACAAUGGAGGCAACCAUCCACCCUCCUCCCUUCAUGACAGGGACAAGACUUCCAACCACGAUCCAGCAACCCUGGGACCCAUCAGGGUCAAGCAAGAAGCCAGUCUAUAAUUGUACAAUGAUCAUUAUCAUGUGUGGGACUCAUAUCGGAGACGAGUUUGUUCUUCUUAGGUCCAGCUCUUAUUUAUUAAGAAACACAACAUUCUCUUUUUUCA